AUGGAGUAUGAUGGAGAACAAGAUGAAGAAACUGAGGCUUUUGGUGUAGAAUUAGAAAGCAUGUUACAAGGAGAUCUAGGCAUCAACAUGGUAUUCAUCUUUCCAGAAAAAUUCAAGGCAGCAGAAGGACAAGAAAACACUCUGGAGGGAGACGUGUUCUCCCAGGAAAAUUUUGAAUGCAGAUUGGCAGAGGUAGAGGAGGCGCCAGAACAGCGAACACCUACUGCCAAGACAAGCGGAACUGCCAUGAAACUGGCUGUAGAACAGCUUUGCUUUUCCAAACCAACCAAGGAAAUGGCUAAUCACUUCAGACCUCUGUUCAUAACAGCAAACUUUGGGGGUAUUCCUAUUCCCAAAGUGAUGGUAGAUGGAUGGGCAUCCAUUAAUCUUCUACCCCACAGAUUGUUGAGCAAGAUGGGCAGAACAGAGAAGGAUCUAAUUCCAACACGCUUGACCGUCACCAACUUUGCUGGGGGCAUCAACAAGACUCAUGGAAUCCUGGAUGUGGAUGUCAUAGUUGGAACCAAAGAGUUGAAGAUUGCAUUCUUUAUGGUAGACACCACUUCUACCACUUACAAUGCAUUGCUUGGCAAGGACUGGAUUCACCAAAGCUUAUGUGUUCCUUCAACUCUGCAUCAGCAACUAGCCCUUGGAAUGAAAAAGGUUUCAUGGAGAUAG